AUAAUUUUUAUAUAUUUUUUUAUCCAAUGAGCAUAUUUGAGACAUCCUCGGAACUUUUUGAUGAUUCAGACGUUACUUCGCAGUCAACAUUUACAUCAUUCAGUUCACUAAGUUCAAUUAGCUCAAUCAGUUCCUCAUCAGUUUCUAAUAGCUCCAACUCGUCUGACGACAAUUCAAUGGCAGGAAGUACACGACGUGGUCGAAUGGGUAAUCUUUUUUCACAAAGUUCAGGAUCAUCCAGUGAUAAUCAAAAUAAUAUAGACAGUCCAACAAGUACAUCCGAUAGUGAUUCUUCAAUGGCAAGCACUAAUCAGUUGAGUGAAUCUGAAGUGUCCAAUAAUUCAAGCAGAUCUUUUCAAACAAGUGAUACCGAACCAUAUGAUGUUGAUGAAGAAAUGGCUCGCACAAAUAAUGAUCCAAUAAUAGAAAUAAAUGAUUCUCAACUGCCAAAUAAUGUCCAAGAUGAUGAUGAUGUAAUUUUAAUUCCACAAAAUAUUGAAACAAUUGAUUUGUGUACACAAGCAUUGGUUGUUCCACGACGUUUACGUAAUGAAGUCAUAGAUAUUACUGACAGUCCAGGAAUUGAAAUAAGUCAUGCUGGUCCAGUACGUCGACGAAGAAGUAGGGUAAAUGUCACUGAAAAUCCCGUAGCACCAUCACCUCAAAGACCAACGACUUCAACGCCCAACGCAAGACAGCAACUUAAUUUAGAUGAUUCGUUAAAUGAUAGUCAGCCAAAAAUCACCUUAACAUGUCCAAUAUGUCUAGAUACAGUAGUCAAUCGAACACCUGUUUCAACCCUUUGUGGUCACAUAUUUUGUCAAACGUGUAUUGUUCAAGCACUUGGAAAUGCCAAAAAGUGUCCAAUGUGCAAGAAGGCACUAAAUGCGCGAAAACCAUACUUUAAUAUAUUUUUACCAUGUUAA